AUGGAAAACCCAACCCCAACAUGUAUUCGUGAUUUCGUCGGAAGGGAUCAGAUGGUGGUGAUCAACCUCAAAACCACUGGUUACCGUGGUGACGGCCAGAGAUUGCUGUUGACUGUCCACGACACUCUUGGCAACAAUUUCUACAGAAAGGAAGAUAUCAGCGGUGAGGUUAGAGCCGUGUUCACCACCCAGGAUGCUGGUGCCAUUGACAUUUGUCUUACCAACCGCAUUGAGCCUGGCCGUAACAGAGUUUACUUGACCAGAGAGGUCGAAAUUGACGUGGAGAGCGGUGCUGCAGCAAGAGACUGGAACGCUGUCCAGGCCGCUGAGAAGUUGCAGCCUGCUGAGGUUGAGUUGAAGAGAAUUGCUGAAAUGACCAGCGAAAUCGCAUACCACUUGCUGUACUUGAAGGCAAGAGAGGAGAGAAUGAGAGAUACUAACGAGAGUACCAACUCUAGAGUUAAGUGGUUUUCUAUCCUCAUUGUCCUUGCUUUGCUCGGCUUGGGUGGCUGGCAAAUCCAAUACUUGAGGCAUUACUUCAAGGUCAAGCAUAUCAUUUAG